AUCUGCCUGUCAGCUCCUCCAGCUCUGGGGUUACAAAAGCACUUUUUUAUGGGGGUUCUGGGGAUCAAACUCUGGCCCUCAUGCUUGCAUAGCAAGUCCUUGGCUGACGGAGCCAUCUCCCUGGCUCCUCACUGCCUUCUUAUCACCCACAUUUGAGAUAUGUACUGGUUCCGUUUUCUGCAGGGAUGUUCAGCUUAGAUAAGUUUGUGGAAUCACUGAUUGGCGGAGCUGGGAUCCAAACACAAGCUCGCUUCGAUGCAGCUCGUAACUCCUGUGCUCUGUCUUUCUCCAGGGCCGGUAGCUGCUUUGAAUGGAAUGAUGUGGGUGAGAUUAGCGGUGUACAGGCCACUUCCUCUCUUUCACCUUUCUUGACUUUCCACUCAGCCAAGCCAGCUCCCACGUAUUCUGUCAAGAUCGUAAAGAUUGGUAUCUGCUUGUGCACUUGGGGAACUUCCCAAGGCCACGGGGUACCCAAACAUACCUUGAAUACUACCCAAGAGAGGUGAGGAAUGGACUUUUCCAUGUGGCCACUGGGUAUGAGUUCCUUCUCCCAGGGACUCCCACAUCUUCCUCAUGGUGUGGGAAAGCACCCUGUGCCUUCUGAUAAAAGCUCGGUACAAGAUGAGGCAGAGGAGAGCUCUUGGCUUCACCAGACAUUCGGUGGUUGCUCCAGAGAGGCCCGAGUCAGAAACUCAUCACCAUGAAACUCAUCACCACAGCCCUGGUGUGCCUGCUGCUGGCUGCAAUGUGGCCACAAGAUGUGACCAGCAAGAGCAUGCACGUGCCCUACGCUAGAUGCUGCUUCAAUUUUCUGACGAAACUACCUUCCCAGAAGUCAAUCCAGUGUUAUAAAAGGACCAGCCCCACCUGUUCCCACUCAGCUGUUGUAUUCAGGAUGAAGAAAGGCCAAGAAAGCUGUGCCUUGAGUUCCAGGGUUCGAGAUUACCUGAAGAAGAUAAAACCCUGCUAGCUGAGGUGAAGAGGAGCCACACCUUCCCAUCCCAGCCCCGGAGACUGCAGCAUCCCUCCAGCUACCGUCACUGCCCCGCCCACUGUUGCAGGCUCACCGAUUUCAGUCACGUGAUAAGCUAUACUAUGGUAUUUUAUCUGUUUAAAUUAUAGAAUCUUCAACUCCCA